UUUUUAUACAUCUUUGUGUACAGUUAGCCAACCACAUGCAUACUGAGAGAAACAGUGAAUCAUUAAUUUUAGCUAUAAUCAUUGUUAUGGCCGACUCCAAACUCUCAAUAACUUUAGAUGAUCUUAGUGCAGUCUAUGAAGCAACAUAUCAAGCUAGAGCCAAAUGGAAGCAGAUGUUGUUAGCUCUGCAAGUUAAUAAUACUACUAUUGAAACUAUCAAUAUAAGAUGUCGUGAAGAUCCUGAUAACUGCUAUCUUGAGGGUCUAUCAGAGUGGCUAAAAGGUGGUGAGAGAAACUGGGCAGACGUGUUUGAGGCUCUCUCACGCUCUAGUGUUGGGCACAAUGAUCUCGCAAAGGUGGUCGAAAAACGUCUUACUAAAGCUACCGGAAAUACAGAGUACAGACUGAGUUCCUCUUCACUGCAGCUGGCAACUAAUGGGUCUGAUAGCGGCAUAAUGGAAAUGACCAACAUCAAUUCAGUGAAGCAGAGAAGUUCCAUUGAGCCCACCAAAGAUCACACAAGCCAAGCUGACACCAAUCAUGGAGAAAUAUCCAGCACUGGCGAUCAGUCUCUAGUAACAACGCAUUCAAGGCGUUGCAAAUGGUCGUGGCUGUUGACGAUAAUAAUCUUAUUGGUCGUCAUUGUGGUACUAACAGUGGUGGUCUUAGCAGUCUUACUGCCUGUUCUCAAACUAGAACUAUCUCAUUCUGAUACGUCAAUUCCGCCCACUACUGGUACUACUGGUUUUGAAGAGACUAUAUUUUCUACAACAGACAUGAAUACUACUGUUCUUCCUGCAUCACCCCUAAACAUCAAUGUAAACAGCAUAUAUCAACUUCCUGAAAUGUCAGCAAUCUUUGUUAGCUCGUUUAUCAAGAGUACCCAUGACUCGAGAAGUUUCAGUGUAAUUGAAAAGAACCGGAUUUCUCGAGGAUUUCUCAUUGACUUUACAGUCAACGAUUGUCAAGAACUGGAUGUUGACCGUGUUGCUGUGAAUAAACCGAUCUCCUUGAGCGUAACUAGACCAAUACAACACGUUGACGAAGGCUAUUAUUUGAAUGGGUCCAUUCUAACAUAUUCAAUUACCCCAUCUCAAGCUAUUGUGUCCAGCUCAUGUGAUUGCCCAGUUAUUCUAGUGAUAUAUGAUAACCAGGAAAUAUAUACCGAGUUUCUGAAUGAGAAGACUGGUGUACAAACUGGUUUUCUGUUCAAAUGUUGCUUAAACCGAAGUCGGUUGUCUGCGAAGAUAGUGCUCAAUAAAAACUCCUAUUUAUACGCUGGUCUGGUGAUCUGUACUACUAUUGUACCUACUACCAUCAAUCUACGCAUCUCUGGAAUUUCUCACCAAUAUAAUAUUCAUGAGAUUGGGGAGAAAUCUUUGAGUACGUGCACUGUCAUUUUUUAUCAGGACAUCGUCCGCUGUACCAUUUCACUAUCUACUAGUAUGACUGAUGAAAAAGAUGAACUGUGUGUUGUUGCCAUAGUACCUCCGAGACCAACUACUAGUGCUCCUCCUACUUCUAGUGCUACUACUACUGGUAACCAUGGCAAACAGUGCACUUCUAAUUUCUUUAUUUUGUUAUGUGCAAUAACAUUAUUAUUUUCAGUUUCAGGAUAAACAGUCGUGUAGUUUAUCAUAUAAUUAUUGUAUAU